AUGCAAAGUGAUCUCAUUAAAGAAAAUAUUAAGAAAUUAAAAGUACCUCUAUGGUCAGCAGAAGAAGCUGCUAUGGUUGAAGCCUUAAAGAUACCAAACAAUUUACAUUAUCGCACACCAGAUAGCAAAAACAAAAUUUUAUACUCACAACUUUCUCGCCCCAAGAAAGAGAAGAACCAUCUCAGAAUAGGCAAACUAAUGAAUAUUCUUGACUUUAAAAAGAAUGAGAAUUACUAUUUAUUAGGAAACGGAGCAAUGUUUGAGUUGGGAGCAAAAUUUUUUUUCAGCAAAAUACUGAAAGACAAGAAUUUUGUGCAGUUUUCAAAUCCAGAUUUUGUUAAAAGUUUAAUCGUUGAAGGCAGUGGCAAAGACCAUACUAACCCUGAUGUCAGCUUCAUUUUACAUCAUAAUGAGGACACUAAAGUUAAUAUUGAUAGCAGAUUGCACCUCACUGGUGGGGGAUCUCUCUGCUCCUUCCUUGCAUACCAUGCCAAGAAUGUGUUGCCGGCCAAAGCCUUGCCCCUGAAGUACUUUACAAUGGGGAGGCAGUACAUACCUGCAGCUGCUGAAGAGGACAGUCUGUUCCACGUCAGCCAGUCAUCUGUUGUAGAAUUCUUUGGAGCUACUAAAACUGAGCAGGACCAAGAUCAAUUGCUUGACGAGCUCAUUGACACGGUAAAACUUGCAUACAGUAAAAUUGGGUACCAUUUCCGAAUGAGUUUAGUUUCCGCUGACAAGUUGUCUAUGUGGGAAUCACUCAGGCUCUCGGUAGAGAUGUAUUCAACAUCCUUAAAAGACUAUGUGGAGGUGGCCAAUGUGUCGGUGAGUGGAGACUUCCUCAGUAAGAGGUUGAUGUUGACUUAUGUUGAAAAUAAAGAGAAUAAAUUCCCUCAUUUGGUUUCUGGUACAUUGUUGAAUGUGCCAAAGUUUUUGGCAUGUGCAUUGGAGCAGGAUGAACAGUUUACUGUUCCCAAAUUUGCAAAGAUCGAGAGAUAUUUAUAUUGUGAUUAA